AUGCAUGGAUUUUCCAUCGAUGUAGCGGUAAAUGAAGCUACUGCCAAGGUUUCAGGUGUUCAGGCAACUUAUGAGGCAUACCUGGAAUACAUGAGGCAACGCGGCGAAACUGAGAAAAGACUACCCGGCCUGGAGCAGUACACGCCACCUCAGCUGUUUUGGAUGUUCUACGCGAACCAUUGGUGUUCCAAGGAAGCUAAAGACGUUAUUGCCAUUCAGCUGAUGGUAGACGAACAUUCGCCAUCUUCGUGUCGAGUCAAUCAAGUGGUGCAGGAUAUCCCAGGUUUUGGCCAAAAUUUCGGUUGCCAAAUGACACAGAAAAUGUUCCCCACUCCGGAUGUCCGAUGUAAAGUCUGGGUCAUGACCUAA